AACUCUUUUCAGAAUCCGAACACUCUGUUCCGAAUUUCCAAUUGGAUAUGUUCGACAUUUUUUUCCUCUGUUCCCACUUCUCUGUCAAUCUUGUUCGUUUUGUCGGAAAGUUGAUUGCUUUUCCAUUUUUCAGUUAGAAAAUCCUCUCCAUCCCAUCAAAAAACUCAAACCCAUCAGCUCUUUUUCUUCAGAAAAUUGUGGGUUUCUGUUCAGAGCAAGAAAAACAGCCUAAAAUUGAGUAAAUCAAUCGCUUUUUCUUUCAAUUUUUCCCCUUUCGUCGGACUUCCCUUUUUCUUCAAUUUCCGGUCUACAGCGUCUUGUUUUCAAGUGUUUUCUGCCAGAUUAAUCGGUGUUUUGCUAAGUGGGUUUUGAUUUAGUUUGAAGAAUUAGCCGUUGAAAUAGGAAUGAAAACAAACCUUUUCAAUUUCGAUCAAAGCAGAGUAGUUUUGAGAAAUCCCAAUUGCCGGCGACUCUCCGGUGACUGGAAAGUUGUUGAAUUUCUUAACAACAUUGUCAACUUACCGACAAAGACUUCGUUUGGACAGAGGAAAACAGAGAGAUUUCCCCUCAAAUUUAGCAGUCUAAUUGUUGAUAAAUAGAAUCUUUUUGUAGACAUUUGGAAUUUUCUUUUGGCAAAUCAAAUCCUAAAAAGUCUCUCGUCCUCUACCUCUAUCUACCCAUCCCUUCCUCUUUUGGUUCCCUCUGCUUUCAGGGUUGGGGCAGAGAGAAACUAAAACUCUUUCCUCUCUACUCCCUCGCCGGAAUCAUGUUUUUUGACAAAGGAUUUAAGCAAUCAAACCUUGGGUGCUUCCUCCAUUGCACAACACCAGUAGUCAAAUCCCAAUUCCUCACCAAGACUGAGAUUAGGUACCUUAAUCAGUUAUGGCACCCUAGGGAGACAGAAAAGGUAGAAUAUUUCACAUUAGGUGAUCUUUGGAGUUGUUAUGAUGAAUGGAGUGCAUACGGUGCCGGAGUCCCUAUUGUUUUAAGAAACGGCGAGACCUUGGUGCAGUACUAUGUGCCUUAUCUCUCUGCCAUCCAAAUCUUUAUCAGCCAUUCUUCAGUCCAUAGCUUAAGGGAGGAGUCCGAGUCCGGUGAUAGGGAGACAAGGGAGUCUUUUAGUGAUACAUACAGUGAUGAGAGUGAAAGUGACAAGUUGUUUAGAUGGGAUGGAUGCUCCUCCGACGGAGGUUCUGAGCAAGAUUGCCUCUGGCAUGUGAAUGAAAGGUUGGGGCUCCUUUAUUUCCAGUACUUUGAGAGAUCAACUCCUUAUGGAAGGGUUCCUCUCAUGGAUAAGAUUAAUGGUUUAUCUCAAAGAUUCCCAGGUUUGAUGUCUUUGAGAAGUGUAGAUCUUUCACCGGCUAGCUGGAUGGCAGUUGCCUGGUAUCCAAUUUAUCACAUUCCCAUGGGAAGAACCAUUAAGGACCUGUCCACAUGCUUUCUUACUUACCAUACCCUUUCAUCGUCUUUCCAGGAUGUGGACCCAGAAGAUGACUUAGAGAGUGCCCAAAGAAAGCCAAAUGCAAAGGAAGGCAUCUCUCUGCCACCAUUUGGCCUUGCCACUUACAAGAUGCAAGGAAAUGUGUGGGUCUCUGGUAAUUAUGGUCAGGACCAAGAGAGGCUUGGGUCACUAUUAAGCGUGGCAGAUUCCUGGCUAAAGCAGCUGGGGGUCCAGCACCAUGACUUCAACUACUUCGUAGGGAUUCGACGUGGCUAGAAACCACACCCAAGAAUUGCAUCCAAGAAGCUAUGAAAGUGAUUGAUCACCACAAAAGGAGUAAGAAAAAAAAAAAAAAAAAAGAAGAAAGAAAAUCCUCUUUUUGGAUUUUCCUUUUGGUGUUGUGUUUGGAGUCUUUGAGCAUAGAGCAGGACUUGCAGGAGCAUUGCUGUUUCUACGUCAUUGAGCUGAAUUGUUUUGAGGCCACUGUCUUAAGGUUUCAUGAGAGGGUAUGUGACUGAUUUUACCAGAGGUUUUUGGCAGUUGUUUGAGAUGCUGACAUCCUCCGUUGUAGAGAAAUGGGUGAGGUCUGAGAUGUACAGAAUGGAGAGUAGGAAACAUUGGAACCCUUUUUGAUAUUUAUGUUAAUUUUCCUGAGCAGUAUGGAAAAUUGCAUCGAACUCAGAAUUUGUUUUCCUUUUUUUUUUUUAUCAGAGAUCUCUCUUGCCCAGCAGCCACGGACCUCAAGAGUAGUUAUUCUUGGAACGAUAUUAAGGGUAUACCUCUAUAUUAGUUAGAAGCACCUAAGAUGGAUAGUGAGGCAAAGUCUUAUACUAAAUCUGAGACCUAGAA